GAGACCAUGGCUUCACUCUGACCUCCGCCUCCGCAGCCACCUGCUCGCUGCCCCCCGGCCCCUCUGGCCCCUCGAGGCCCCCGCUUCUGCCUGUGUUGUGACCCCCCCAGCCGCAGGCACGGCCCCACCUCCGCUGCCCCGGUGGUGGCCCACGGCCCCCCGGCUGCCCGUGGUCAAACUGGAGUCAUUGAAACGUUGGAAUGAAGAGAGGGGUUUGUGGUGCGAAAAGGGCGUUCAGGUACUGCUGACCACCGUGGGCGCCUUCGCAGCCUUUGGACUCAUGACCAUCGCCAUCAGUACUGACUACUGGCUCUACACACGAGCUCUCAUCUGCAACACCACCAACCUCACCGCGGGUGAUGACGGACCGCCCCACCGUGGGGGCAGCGGCUCCUCGGAGAAGAAGGACCCUGGGGGCCUCACACACUCAGGUCUCUGGCGGAUAUGCUGCUUGGAAGGGUUGAAAAGAGGUGUCUGCGUGAAGAUCAACCACUUCCCGGAGGACACGGACUACGACCACGACAGCGCGGAGUACCUGCUCCGAGUGGUCCGGGCCUCCAGCAUCUUUCCGAUCCUGAGCGCCAUCCUGCUGCUGCUCGGGGGCGUGUGCGUGGCUGCCUCCCGCGUCUACAAAUCCAAAAGGAACAUCAUCCUGGGCGCGGGGAUCCUGUUUGUGGCAGCAGGCCUGAGCAACAUCAUCGGGGUGAUCGUGUACAUAUCGGCCAACGCGGGCGAGCCGGGCCCCAAGAGGGACGAGGAGAAGAAAAACCACUACUCGUACGGCUGGUCCUUCUACUUCGGCGGGCUGUCCUUCAUCCUGGCCGAGGUGAUCGGCGUGCUGGCCGUCAACAUCUACAUCGAGCGCAGCCGCGAGGCGCACUGCCAAUCUCGCUCGGACCUGCUCAAGGCCGGCGGCGGCGCGGGCGGCAGUGGCGGGAGCGGCCCCUCGGCCAUCCUCCGUCUGCCCAGUUACCGCUUCCGCUACCGCCGCCGCUCCCGCUCCAGCUCCCGAGGCUCCAGCGAGGCGUCGCCGUCGCGGGACGCGUCUCCCGGCGGCCCCGGCGGCCCGGGCUUUGCCUCCACGGACAUCUCCAUGUACACGCUCAGCCGCGACCCGUCCAAGGGCAGCGUGGCCGCGGGGCUGGCGGGCGCCGGGGCAGGAGCCUCUGGCCAUUAG